CCAUGUACCACGUAUUAGAUCUCUGUAAUCAACAAAAUCACUGCACCAGCAGCCGCCGGGUUCAACUGUUUGAUGCAGUGCAGCACGAUUCAAGGACCAAUCGACAGCGUUGACCUAUUAAUAAAGCCACCCGCCAUGCAUUUGCCAGAACGCAGCCGUUUCGUGAUAUACGCCGUGGGCAUCUUCGUCUGUUACUUUCUUUAUGGAAUUGUGCAGGAGAAGCUAACGAGAGGCCGCUAUGGGGACCAAGUGCAAGCGGAUGGAUCCGUGGGCGAACGUUUCACCUACGCGUUGGCGCUGGUUUGGGUGCAAUGCCUCUGCAACUAUGUGUUCGCCAAAUUACUUUUGACUGUGAGACCCCAAAAGGAAGACACCACCCAUUCCGGUUCCUACGUGGCCUGUUCGUUAACAUACCUUUUGGCCAUGGUCUCCACUAACAUGGCCAUGCGGUGGGUUCCGUACCCGACAGCUGUGGUUGGAAAAUCCGCGAAGCCCAUUCCUGUGAUGAUUCUAGGUGUGCUGAUUGGCAGAAAAUCAUACAGUUUCAUCCGUUAUGCCUGUGUGUUAACUAUCGUCGUGGGCGUAAUCCUCUUUAUGUACAAGGAGGGUAAAGUGUCAAAUCUUCCGGCGGAGACUACCCUACUGGGCGAGGUUUUACUCUUCCUAAGCCUAUCCAUGGACGGCUUGACGGGUGCAGUGCAGGAACGUAUCCGAGCAGCUAGUUUACCCUCGGGUCAGCAAAUGAUGAGGGCCAUGAACUUCUGGAGCACCUUGAUGCUAGGUUUUGCUAUGCUUUUUACAGGUGAGGCCAAGGAGUUUUUGUACUUCACACUGCGACAUCCCGAAGCGUGGACACAUCUUUCGCUGAUUGCGGUGUGUGGCGUACUCGGCCAGUUCUUCAUUUUCUUAAUGGUGGCGAACUUUGGGCCCUUAGCCUGUUCCGUGGUUACCACUACUCGCAAAUUUUUCACUGUCCUUUGCUCCGUGUUGCUCUUUGGUAACGUUCUCAUCGGCCGCCAAUGGUUUGGAGCAGUUCUCGUGUUUUCUGCCCUCUUUAUUGACAUGAUAUAUGGUAAGAAGCCAGCACCAUCGUCUGCGGCCAAAAAGUUACCAGUUGAAGGCAAGCUAAUAGAAGAAAAGAAAAAGUAUACAGCCGAAUUUAAAUGAACAUAUAAACUUUAUAUGUAUUUGUGUGGCACACCCGGCUACUGGGCCACGUCUUUCACCUUCCUGGAAUUGCAAUCGUACAAAAGGUUUAGCUUUAGCCAACUCAGCAUUCUUGACCUUAAAGCAGCAACCGUUGAUUUAAGUUCAUAAAUUAUUGAGUGUAAAAUAGCAAAACAACUGUUGUUGUCAGUAAAAAUAUUUAUUUCAACAAUA